AGUUGCCUUGUUAUGCAUCACACACAGUCGAUUCUCACUCCACAGCAGCACAUUACUUCAACUAACUUGCAAAAUGGAAUCAAUCAAGCACAAGAUGGAAGGUCUUAUCAAAGACAAAGACGAGGCAAUUGAAAAAGCUAUCAGCUUGGAAAAUGAAAAACGUCAAAUGGAGGACAAUGCAAAAGAGUUGGAAGAAGAAACGAGCCAAAUAACCAAGAAAAUCGUUUCUUUGGAAGACGAGCUCGAUCAAGUGAUGGAACAACAUCGACUUUCGAUUGAAAAACUUGACGUUGCUGAAAAAGUUGCCACUGAUUCCGAGUUGGAGGUGAACGCUCAAACUCGACGAAUGCAGUUGUUGGAAGAAGAAAUGCAGAGAGUUACCGAACGUCUCGAUGAAGCUGUCGCUAAGCUUGAGGUGGCAGAGAAAGCUGCUGAGGAGAGCGAACGGGGAAGGAAAGUUAUUGAGGGCAGGUCAUUCAAAGACGAAGAAACUUUGGAAUUACAAGAAAUUCAACUCCGUGACGCAAAGGGUAUCGCAGAAGACGCCGACAGAAAAUACGAAGAGGUUGGACGAAAACUCCGUAUGGUUGAAAAUGAUUUGGAACGAGUUUUGGAUCGCGCAGAGGAAUACGAAGCCAAAGUAAAGAAAGCCGACGAUCAACUUAAAUCGCUGAACGAAAACCUUCGAAGUCUUGAGAAGAUUUCAGCUGAUAAUUCGGAGAAGGAGGACAACUUUGAAAAAGAAAUUCAUCUGUUGACUGAGAACUUGAAAAAUGCUGAGACCAGAGCUGAAUUCGCUGAACGAACCGUGGACAAACUAGAAAAGACUAUCGAUUAUUUGGAAGAUCAACUCUACACAGAGAAGUUGGCAUACAAGGGAAUCAGCGAAAAAUUGGACAAGACACUCAGUGACAUGAUAACUCUCAACUAGUGUGUGAAUAAUUUAUAAAUACCUUGUUUUAAUACAACUUGCAAACGCUAGCUUGUGGUGUGAAUACAAAACUUGUAAAUAUAAA